AUGUCUGGGCAGGCCCAUCAUUUGUCAAAACAGAGUGGGGGAGGAGAAAGACUCUCAUACAUCCAUAGAUGUGCAAUGGGUUGUAUCGGUAAAUUCGGUCCCCGGGGUUCAAUCGGUAAAUUCGGUCCCCAGGGUUCUAUCGGUAAAUUUGGUCCCCGGGGUUCUAUCGGUAAAUUCGGUCCCCAGGGUUCUAUCGGUAAAUUCGGUCCCCAGGGUUCUAUCGGUAAAUUCGGUCCCCAGGGUUCUAUCGGUAAAUUCGGUCCCCGGGGUUCUAUCGGUAAAUUCGGUCCCCGGGGUUCUAUCGGUAAAUACGGUCCCCGGGGUUCUAUCGGUAAAUACGGUCCCCGGGGUUCUAUCGGUAAAUACGGUCCCCGGGGUUCUAUCGGUAAAUACGGUCCCCGGGGUUCUAUCGGUAAAUACGGUCCCCGGGGUUCUAUCGGUAAAUACGGUCCCCGGGGUUCUAUCGGUAAAUACGGUCCCCGGGGUUCUAUCGGUAAAUACGGUCCCCGGGGUUCUAUCGGUAAAUACGGUCCCCGGGGUUCUAUCGGUAAAUACGGUCCCUGGGGUUGUAUCGGAAAAACUCAGUCAAGCUAA